CUGCGCCGAUGAUGACGUCACAUGCAAACUGAGUCACAUAAGACGAGACUUUUUUGGCCUCAUUAAGCUGAACGCAUUGGUGUCGCACGGACAGGCAUGACGAUCGGCAGUGGUGUGUACUAACGACUAACACCUGCAGUCAUGUCCUCCACCUCUCAGAAACACCGGGACUUUGUAGCUGAACCCAUGGGGGACAAGCCAGUCACUGCCCUUUCCGGAAUUGGAGAGGUUCUUGGUAAAAAGCUUGAAGAGCAGGGCUUUGAUAAGGCGUACGUCGUUCUCGGUCAGUUUCUUAUCCUCAGGAAGGACGACGACCUCUUCAUUGACUGGUUGAAAGACGCAUGUGGUGCCAAUUCUAAGCAGGCUCUCUUGUGUUACUCUUGUUUAAAAGAAUGGUGUGAUGCCUUCCUUUAAAAAAUGCUGAAACAGACUGAAAGGCUCUCGGGUCCGGUAAACCUGGAAAGAUUUAACUGGAGAGCUGGAGUUUUUUAUUUUGGAUAAUUGUCAGUUGAUUUAAAAGGACCUCCUGGGAUGAAAGGGUUUAAAGUAAAGAAGAUUGUGAACAUGCAAACUAAACCCCAAGAGUUGAUUCCUCAAAUAACUGCAUAUGUGAACUUUCUUGAAUUUGGCACUUAACGCUUACUGAAGCUUGAAUUUCAGAUUCAAGGCUAAUACUUGAAACUUGUAUGGGGGUACAUCCUCAACUCUGCACCGGUUAGACCUUAAAUUAAAAGGAGAGAUGUUCUAAAAUGGGGGGGGGCGCUAGGGAGAUUGUUAAAUGUUUGUUCGAGAUGUGUGUACCCAGUACUGUGAUGUGCUGAGGAACUAAUCUAGAAUCUUAAGGCUUUGACUGUUAAAAGUUUUUAUUGGUAUUGAACUAGUUAUGUAAUAAAGACUAAAGUUUGUCUUGUA